GUUGUAGCCGUGGUAACAUGUGAUUGCUGAAGCAGAGUGUUAUCCUCUUUUACAUCUCUCAAGGUGUCGUGUCCAGGUGGGGUGGUAACCAUGGAGAGGCUGUUGCUGUGUGUGAUGCUGGCAGUUGCCAUGGCGGUGCGAGCACAAAUCUGCCCCAAGCGCUGCGUGUGUCAGAUCCUGUCACCCAACCUGGCGACCCUCUGCGCCAAGAAAGGUCUCCUGUUCGUACCGCCAAACAUUGAUAGGCAUACGGUGGAGCUACGGCUGGCUGACAACUUUGUCACAAGUGUGAAGAGGAAAGAUUUUGCAAACAUGACACGGCUGGUGGACCUAACAUUAUCCAGGAACACCAUCUCCUACAUUACACCUCAUGCCUUUGCCGAUCUGGAAAACCUCAGAGCUCUACACCUCAACAGUAACCGGCUGACAAGGAUAGGCAAUGAUACGUUCAGCGGGAUGUCGAAGCUUCACCACCUGAUUCUGAACAACAACCAGCUGGUGCUGAUCCACCAGGGAGCAUUCAACGACCUGCUGGCGCUGGAAGAAUUGGACCUCAGUUACAAUAACCUGGACUCUAUUCCUUGGGAGGCCAUCCAGAAAAUGAUUAGCCUCCAUACGUUGAGUUUAGACCACAACAUGUUGGACUACAUUCCAGAGGGAACAUUUUCCCUGCUACAGAAACUCAACCGGCUGGACGUCACCUCUAACAAGCUCCAAAAGCUGCCACCGGACCCACUUUUUCAACGAGCACAGGUCCUAGCCACUUCGGGGGUGUUGACCUCCACUUCUUUCGCAUUGUCGUUUGGUGGGAACCCUCUCCACUGUAACUGCGAGUUACUGUGGCUCCGAAGGCUGAACAGGGAGGAUGACCUGGAGACGUGUGCUUCACCCCAACACCUCUCUGGAAGAUACUUCUGGUCCAUCCCUGAGGAAGAGUUUCUCUGCGAACCGCCGCUCAUCACCAGAUACUCCCAUGAGAUGAGGGUGCUUGAAGGGCAGAGAGUCACACUCAGGUGUAAGGCAAGAGGCGACCCAGAGCCAGCCAUCCACUGGAUCUCUCCUGAGGGCAAACUGGUCUCCAAUUCCUCCAGAACGUUGGUCUACAAUAACGGGACUCUGGACAUCCUCAUAAGUACGGUGAAAGACACCGGCUCCUUCACCUGCAUCUCCUCCAACCCCGCCGGUGAAGCCCACCAAACAGUCGACCUGGUGAUUAUAAAACUCCCCCACAUCUCCAACAACACCAACAACAUCCAGGAGCCUGACCCUGGAUCGUCCGACAUUUCCACGUCAACACGGGGAGGAGCCAACGGGAGCAACGUGACGGGCGACGUAAAGGGUGGUGUGGAUAAGAGGGUGGUGACGGCCGAGGCCACGUCAUCGACAGCGCUGAUCAAGUUCAACUUCCAGAGGAAUAUUCCAGGCAUCAGGAUGUUCCAGAUACAGUACAAUGGGAGCCAAGAUGACUCGUUGGUUUACAGAAUGAUCCCUCCAUCUAGCAAGAACUUCCUGGUCAACAACCUGGCAGCAGGGACUCAGUACGACCUCUGCGUGCUGGCCAUCUACGAUGAUGUCAUCACCUCUCUGACAGCAACACGCGUGGUCGGCUGUGUGCAGUUCACCACCGAGUCAGAGUAUAUGAGGUGUCAUUUUAUGCAGUCUCAGUUCCUCGGCGGCGGGACUAUGAUCAUCAUCAUCGGAGGGAUAAUAGUGGCUUCGGUGCUCAUUUUCAUCAUCAUCCUGAUGAUCCGGUACAAGGUGUGUAACCCUGGUGAGGGGGGUAAAGGUGUUUCAUUGUCGAUGACCAACGUUCACUCACAGACCAACGGGCAGCAGUCCCAGGGAUGCACUGUGACUCCCAGCUCCUCCAAACACGGCUCAAUCGGAUUAGACGACCUCUCAGGAGGCACAAAGAAGAGGAGCGCAGCAGGAGGAGCAGGGGGAGGAGGAGGGGGCAAGGAUACGAUGACUCAGUCGUCCGACUCAUCCCUGCCCGACUGCUCCACGACCACGUCAGUUCUCAGCCAGCCUUGGGCAGCCAGGAGCCCAACAGCUGGAGCCGAGGAGCGGGAGAAAGCGGGUGAAGAGCGAGCUCAAGCUGGCGUCUCGUCGCCCACUGGCGCCACCGGCUCACUCACCAAGCCAAAGCGGAAGCCUGCUCCGAGUAAGCCAGGCUCGUCUUGCUCCAACGCCUCGGCUGCUCCCGAAAACCUCCCCUCCUCCUCCCCUCGCCCUCCUUCCUCCUCCUUCUCCACCGCCUCCUCCACUCUCCUCCCCUCCACACCUCUGGAGAAUCUCAACACCAACCGCAACAACUCCACCUCCCUCAACCAAACCCCGCUUCCCUUCACCCAUUCCCCUUUCUCCAGCCCUCUUGCCUCCCCGAGCCCCGUCCCCUCCAUCCGAUUUCGAGAGACGCCCAUUCUUCGCAGGGCUCCCCGCGCCUCCACCUCUAGCUCCGCCAAGUACCAGACUCUCCCUGCGGAGGAGGUUGGAAGGAGCAGGGCGAGGAGGAGGUACUCGCUCAGUGAAGGAGGCUCAAAGACUCACUCCUCCAAUCAGGGGGCAGGAGGAGCACCCAAAAUAGGGCGCAUAUUGCGGAACAAAAGGAGCCAAUCAAUGAGCGGGAUGCUGCUCCCGAAAGACGGGGACGGAGACUCGGACAAAGGGAGGUGCGAUUCAGACUGGAUCUUAGAAAGCACGGUUUGAACUGGAACCAGACCAUGACAUAAACUUUGGUUUAUCCAUUAUUGUUUAUCUUUUGUAUGUGUGUGUGUGUGUGUGUUGGUUUGAAUUUGUCUAGAGAGGUGUGUGA